AUGUCGCCCACAAUCAAGAAUGUGGCUCUUGCCGGGGCUAGUGGAAACGUCGGAUCUCGCGUACUCGACGCAUUACUCGAUCUCAAGUUCAAUGUAACGGUGCUUGCUCGGAGUUCCAAGCCCUUCCCGGCCGCUGCUAGCGUGAAAACUGUUGACUUCACUUCGGUGGAGUCAUUGUCUGCUGCUAUGGCCGGACAGGACGCAGUCAUCGAUACUACUUUCUCGCCCGAGAUUGACACACCACUCCGACUUAUUGAUGCGGCGGUCAAGGCUGGAGUUUAUCGCUUUAUCACCAGCGACUUUGGUCUCGAUCCUGAAAUCCCAGGUGUUCACAAUAUGCCUGUUUUCGGUCGAAAGAAGGUUUCUUAUGAGGCCGUCAAGAAGCAAGCGGCUGAGAGCCGCUUGACCUACACACUGGUAUCCAAUGGUGCUUUCCUUGACUGGGGUCUCACCACUGGCUUCUCCGGUCUGAACUUCAAAGAAAAGACCGCUUGGAUCUUUGGUGAUGGAAACAACGUCGUCCCAUGGACGACGUUGGAGGAUGUUGGCAAAGCAACUGCGAAUGUGCUUUUGCAUCCGGAGGAGACUCUGAACCGCCCGGUCUAUGUUCACUCCGUGUUCCUGUCGCAUAAUCAGCUGUUCGACGCAGCAAAAGAGGCUUUAGGGAGUGAGGGGUGGACUGCCACAUAUAACGACAUGGAACCUCUUUUGCAAAAGGCGUUGUCGGAUCUCCAGACCGGCAACAUUAGUGAUGCUACGUUUGUAGUACAGAUCCAGUACUGUCUGGCCACCAAAGCGCUUGCACACCCUUGGGAAAGGGAUGAUAAUUCCCUCGUGGGACUGGAAGAAUGGAGCGUGGAAAAGGUGAAAGAGCUGAUUAAGACGAUCGCCCAAAAAGCACAGUAA